AGGAGGAGCUCCCGUUUCAAGUGGAGGCUGCUGAUUGCCGGUGCAAGAGGAGCGGCCAGUCAGGAGCUGUCACAGCUCCUCGCGGCCACACAUUGGCGCCCUGCUCCGUGCACGCGGACACGAGGCUCUUCUCAUUGUAAGGUAGACAGACACUUGCAAAACAACUGAAAAAUUGCUUUGCAAUUGGGGCUUUUUAAAUCACUCCGGAGGACAAAAACCUUUGUUUGCGAGUUUCUGGGAAGGGACGCUUUUUACCCGCCCCCCAAGUAUUCUUGUGGCUGCUAUUUAUAUCCAUUGGCGUAAGACAUCGGAGAGGAAGAUAUGAAAUUAGCCGUUUGCUGCACUUGGAUCCUUUGCUGUCUUUCAGUGUGCACGGUGUCAGCUGGCACCGAGUCUGUUCCGGAAUCAUCACUCAAGCCGGGAAUGAGCAAUGAGAGAUGGAACGAGGCGAAACGGAGUCAAUACAAAUGUCUCAAUGCGGCCAAUGGAGAUCGGCUGCAAAACAGAAGCGCGGGUACCUUCUGUGGAAAAAUGUGGGAUGGCUUUUUGUGCUGGGAAGAAACACCACCGGGUACAUCCAUAACACAGAGAUGUCCCAAUCACAAUCCCGCUGGAAACGUGACAAAAUUUUGUGACCAAAGGGGUAAGUGGGUCCAAACAGAGUCCACAUGCCAAGAAGCUACAAAGGACAUAAUCGAGGAUAUUUACAAUGUUUCCAAGGAUGUUAACGAUGAACCAAUGACAGAACAUAGCAGAAACAUAGGGAAGAAAAUACUUGACAACAAAGAGAAAUGCCUGGUGAAAAUGAAACAAAAUCCACCUCAUAAUAAAACGGGGUUGUUCUGCAGUCAUAUUUGGGAUGGUAGGCUUUGUUGGGAUGACACCCCAGCGCAAACCUAUGCCACGCAGAACUGUCCUGAUUAUUUUCCCAACUUUGAACCCUCAGGAAAGGCAAGUAAAUACUGUGGGGAGGGCGGAGAGUGGUUCCGUCAUCCAGAGGGCGACCGAUUUUCGACCAACUACUCCCUCUGCACCAGCAACGAUGAGAAGACAUCAAGGAAGCAGAAGUUGCUUCAGAGUGAAAACAAAUGCCUUCUGAAAAUGAGCCAAGACCUUUCCUUUAAUGAACCAGGGCUCUACUGCAGUCGGAACUGGGACGGCUGGCUGUGCUGGGACGAUACUGCAGCAGGAACCUACGCCACUCAAAACUGUCCUGAAUACUUUUCGUAUGCACAUCCCACAGAAAAGGCGACCAAGUACUGUGGAGAAGACGGACAAUGGUAUCGCCACCCAGAAACCAACACCACAUGGACCAACUUCACACUCUGUGCCAUCAACAUUCAGGAAAAGCUAGAGGGGGCGAGUGCACAACUCUCAGGGGAUACGGUGCAAAACUUUGCCGACGAGAGCACAGCGGGGCCCCUGGUGAACCCCGAGGAGCAGGAUCUUGGGAGGAAUAAAAUCCUUGACAGCCAGUAUAAAUGCUUUGAAAAAAUGAAGAGCGAUCCUCCUUAUAAUAAAUCAAGAGUGUACUGCAGUCGGAACUGGGAUGGCUGGUUGUGCUGGGGAGAUACUCCGGCCGGAACCUACACCUCUCAAAACUGCCCCAAUUAUUUUGUUGACUUUGACCCUACAGAAAAGGCAACCAAGUACUGUGGGGAGGAGGGGCAGUGGUUUCGCCACCCUGACACCAACAGGACCUGGUCUAACUAUACACUCUGCAAUGAAAACACUAAAGCGAAGUUGAAGUCGGCGUACAUCCUGUUUUACAUGGCGAUUGUCGGUCACGCCUUAUCUAUAGUCUCCCUGCUCAUCUCUUUGGCCAUCUUCUUCUACUUCAGGAGUCUGAGCUGCCAAAGGAUCACACUGCACAAGAACCUUUUCUGCUCCUACGUGCUCAAUUCCGCCCUGACCAUCAUCUACCUGGUCGCUGUGGUCAACAAUCCUGAAGUGGUGGACAGAAACCCUGUAGGCUGCAAACUGUUGCACUUCUUCCACAUGUACAUGCUGGGAUGCAAUUAUUUCUGGAUGCUCUGUGAAGGAAUCUACCUACACACGCUCAUCGUGGUGGCUGUGUUUGCAGAGGAGCAGCAUUUGCACUGGUACUACCUCCUGGGCUGGGGUUUUCCUCUUGUGCCCGCAUCAAUCCAUGCUGUGGCAAGAAAAACAUUUUUUGAUGACAACUGUUGGAUGAGUGUGGAAACCCAUCUGCUGUAUGCAGUCCAUGGCCCUAUAGUGGCAGCUCUACUUGUGAAUCUCUUCUUCUUGCUCAACAUCAUCAGAGUGCUGGUCACCAAGCUAAGAGACACACAUCGUGCAGAGUCCAACAUGUACAUGAAGGCUGUGAGAGCCACUCUGAUCCUUGUGCCCCUUCUGGGGAUACAAUUUGUCAUUUUUCCCUGGAGGCCUGAGAACAGGCUGGCAGGGGAGGUCUACGAGUACAUCAUGCACAUACUCAUGCACUACCAGGGUUUAUUGGUGGCAACCAUAUUCUGCUUCUUCAAUGGAGAGGUGCAGGCCGCUCUGAAGAGACAGUGGAUGCAGUACAAAACCGAGUGGGGUCAGAGACGGAAGGACCACUGUUCAAUGCGCUCCACGUCGUACACGGCCACCUCUAUCACAGAGGUCCCUCCCUUUAUGUACCACCAAGACGGCAACAGCGAACAUUUGAACGGGCGCCACACGGACGACUCUGAACUGGUGGCGCUGAAAGUGGGCGAGAUCCCCUAAGCGCCAUAGAGGAGAAAAACAACACAGAAACAGUGUUCUGUUUGACAAAAAAAAAAAAAAAAAAAAAAAAAAAAGCUACGUGGACGGUACUAAAUCUCAGAGGCUAGUUUCUUCAGUCGUCUUCGCCGUAAUACGGACGAGGGGACUGAAGAACUGGGAAGGAGAGGGAGUCACUUCCAUCACUUUAUUACAGCUGCUUUGUGACAACGGCGAUGCUUGUGACACGCUGCUGGCGAUGAGACGGAAAUACCUGUGAUGACAACUGUCGGAGAGGGUGUGAUGUUGAUAUUGACGUUUUUGUGAUCAUCAUCAACAGCAAAUGAGCGACACAAUCUUUUCUAUUCUCACCUACGAUACCAAAGGGUACAAGAUGUUGGUCAACGACUCGAUGGGGGCGUUCUGUGUCCGAAUGAGCACAGAUGGGGUAUCCUAACACACACACACACACACACACGCGCACGCACACACACACAGUGGAUAUAAAAAGGUCUACACAAAAAGCAAGAUGAAUCAUUUCAAAACUUUUUCCACCAUUUUGACCUAUAUCCAGAACGACAAUUAAAAGAAAAAAAAUAAACGACGAGAUAACAGUGUGUUCGGAAUUAACGCAUCACAUUCAAAGUCAUCCUAAACAGGAGUCACCAUACUCCUGACCCAAUUUAAAGUUUCUCUGAUUAACCCUAAAUAAAGUUCAGUGGUUCGAGUGAGCUGUUCCUGUUUUUAUUAUAUUUGAUUUUAUCCUCACCCUCCUCUUUCGAGCAGAAGCCUGAAGGUUUUGUGCUAUCAUUGACAGGUAUUUUGAACUGGUAAUAAUUCCCUCCACCUUGCCCAAGGCCCCAGUUACAUCUGAAGAAAGCCAUCUCCGAAAAAGGAUGCUGCCACCACCAUGCUUCACUGUAUGCACCAAACAUACCUUCUGAAAUUAUCGCCAAAACGUUCAAUCCUGCUUCCAUAACAAAAUCACUCAAACAGAUGUGGGAAAAUGUGUGCCAAAUAGAACAGCUGAACCUUAUUUGGGGUUAAUCAGAGGCGUUUUAAAUGGGGGCAGAUGUGUGCUGACUCCUAUUUAACAUGAGUUUGAAUCUGAUUGGUUAAUCUGAACACAACCACAUGCCCAGUUAUAAGAGUGUGCGCACACUUAUGUAACCUUAUUUUUUGUUUAUUUGUAUUUCCCCAGUUUAUUUUUAGUUAUUUUUAUUUUAUAUAUACACAUAUAUUCGAAAAGGUUUUGGAUUUAUCUUGGCCUCACUUUUCUCACAAUAACCUGGCAUUUGGUCAGGGAUGUGUAGAAUUUUUCUAUCCACUGUCCACACAUGCACACAGUUACAAUAUACCAGCAUCACCAGUCUGGUCACGUGCCACGAAAAGUUACCAAUUAAUCAUUCAUGUUUGAAGCUCUGGAAUUGUGUACAUAGAAAUUAGCAGUCCAAAAGUAUUGGAAUGGCAGGGUCAAUUCCUUUGUUUUUGCUGUAUACUGAAGACAUUUGGGUUUCAGAUCAAAAGAUGAAUAUGAGACAAAAGUUCAGAAUUCCAGCCUUUAUUUCAUGGUAUUUACAUCUAGAUGUGUUAAACAACUCAGGACAAAGCACGUUUUGUUUGAAGCCACCCACUUUUCAAGUGAGCAAAAGUAUUGGAAGAGACGUUAUUGAAACUUAAAGUGAAUAACAUUGAAUAUUGGGUGGCAUAACCCUUACUUGCAAUAACUGCAGCAAGCCUGUGACGCAUUGACUUCACCGGACUGUUGCAUUCUUCAUUUGAAAUGCUACAUGUUUGCAUCUAGAUGUAAAUACCAUGAAAUAAAAGCUGGAAUUCUGAACUUUUGUCUCAUAUUCAUCUUUUGAUGUGAAACUCAAAUGUCUUCAUUAUACAACAAAAAAACAAAAAGGAACUGACCUUGUCGUUCCAAUACUUAUGGAGAGGACUGUAGAGUUUAAAAAAUGAAUGAGUUUUAUCUUAAUAUUUCAUUAUCAUUUCUCAUUCCUGAAUAUAGUGCUCCAUGUCUUUCCUGUGAUGCUACAAACAAAACUGCUUUGCUCUUUUACUGAUGCUCAACAUCACAGGCCUGAGAAGCCAGCAGAAGCUUAAUGUGCAAAAAAGCAUACAUAACUAUGUAAUAUAAAUAAAUAUACUGUCCUCCUAAAAAUUGGAACAGUGAUGCCAAUUUCUUUAUUUUUACAGUAGACUGAACUUGUUGGGGCUUGAAUUCAGAAGAUGAAUAUGACAAGAGUUGAACAGUUCAGCGUUUAUUUCCAGGUAUUUACAUCUGGAGUCGAUACACAACAUAAGAAUAGAAAGGUCAGGCUGGAAUUUGCCAAAAAGUACAGAAACAGAAACAUUUUAUGGGCUGAUGAGCCAAAGAUGAACCUUUAUCAGAGUGAUGGCAAAGCAUCUGCUCAUGAUUGUAAAGAUACAAGCUCAUCUGCUACAACUCAGUUGCGGUAAUGUCAUGGCCUGGUUGCUUACAGGAAGAGCUCACUAGUCUACAUUGCAGUAACACAAUGUCAGCAGGGAAUCAAAAGUCUACAGAAACCUUUUGUACGCCAAUUUAAAGUAAGACUCAACCAAACUGACUGUGAGAUCUUUCAUCAUGCAGUAAAAAACACCAAAUAAGUCCAUAGGGGGCAAAAAGUGGCAUGUUUUAGAUUGUUCAAGGCAAUCUCCAGACUUAAAUAUGUAUAGUAAACAUGUAUUUUACCUGAUAAAGAGGAGACUGAAGAGAGAAACCAGAACAAAAACCUAUCUUCCAAUCUUUUCCUCUAAGUGCAUCAGAUUCAGAUUUCAAUAACUGCAAACAAAAGCUGAACGUUGAUCUUUUUCUCAUAUUCAUCUUUUAAUGACAAAGGCAAAUAUUUUCUGUCUACAGGAUUUGACUAAUAUCCUUGACAAAUUAACGAGGGGGAGCUUUUCGGUUUUGAACAGCAGUAAAAACUUUGAGCGCUUUAUCAGACGACCAUGUCAUGGAAAGAUUUGCUCCUACAAUACUCAUUGUAAUGUAUUUUGUUGCAGGUUAGAAAGAAGACAGUGACAAUCAAUCUUAGGGAAUGACGCUCAUUCUCUGAUGAUAAAGAAUUUACGAAGGUAUUUAUUUUAGUAUAUUUCUCACUCAUUUUUAAAAUAAGGGUGUGUUUGAGAUGUGCAUCUAUGUAGUUUAUCUGUAUAUGUGGAAGUUGCCGCACUUUUUUUAGUAAAGCCGAAAUGCAUACAGUAUAUGAUUUCUGCACUUGUGAAACCAGUUUGGUGAAUUUCUGUGGUUCAUUUUGUCUCCUGGUCUCACUCAGCUUUGACUGACAUCAUUGCUAAUGUGAUGUUAAAAAUGUACUUCGGAAAAGCCUGGCUGGGUCAUGUUUUUCCAUACCAUAUAAGUAUAUUUAGCACAUGAAUUGUAAUAUGACUUUUUUUUUGUGCUGCCUUUCAAGCUUGUAGAAGAAGAGAUAAAAGAAGAGACUUCAUGAAUACUGUAUUGUAAAUUUUCACCAGUUAUGAUUAGACGGGCUAUUUUUCAUUGUAGGCCACUUUCCUACCACAGUACAAUGGUGCCUUGAGAUUUUUGAGUUUAAUGCAUUCCGUGACCAUGUUCUUAUCUCAACACGUAUCGCAAAUCAUUGUUCCCCAUUGAAAUCAAUGCAAAUGCCAUUAAUCCGUUCCAGAUGUUAAAAAUUAUAUAUAUUUUUUUAUUCUUCUAAUGCGGUUUUAAUAAAAUAACAUUAUAAUAUCGAACUUUAUAAAAGCAUAGUUACAAUAAAUAGAAUGUAAAGAACCAAACUGUUGCAUCAUGAUUAAUUCAUUGUGACUCCUGGCUGCAUGACGUGACCACUUGGGGGCAGUUAUGCAGACAAACGAAGAAGGGUUUCACAACUACUCUGACUCAGUAAACUGCAGUAAUAAUCGUUUUUUGAAAAGGAUCAAGAAUACGCCUGUGAGUAUUGUUAUACGGUCUAUCUACGUGUGUUGCUGCACCUUUUUUGUUCCAAUACCAGACUUAUCAAAAUAUAAGACUUGCAACACCAACACAGAUGCUAUUUGUUCGCCUGUCUAUGGCAUUCCACAAUGUGUUAGCAUUGACCUAGCAGACUAAGGCAGUUAUGUGGUUGUUUUAAGUAUGUAAUUUUCUUUGUCUGAUGGUUAGUAUGACAGUAAACUUCAACUGGGAGUGGCAACAAACAGCUUGAAGUCUUUUUGGAAAAAUUGUUCACUAUCUGCCAAACUGCCUCUUGUCGAGAAGAGAGUUGAGUUUACUGGCACCAUAGAGGGCUCAUCCCAAAUUUUUGCUCACAAGUCAAAGCAAAAAAAAAAUAAAAAUAAAAAAAAAAAAAAGAACUGGCCAAGUGACAGCUUGUAUCUCCGGUCAUUCAUAUCUCAAGGCACCACUGUAUUUCAUGUUUCAGGUCUGAGGGGUCCUGUAUGCCGCGCAAACAAAAGGUGGUCUUACUCCACUUGGUCUACCGCUUUGUAAACCAGCCUCUUUUAUACUAAAGGUUCCUUUCAUACCAUCAGUGCCUGCAUCUGAUGUCUGAAGCAGGUCAGAAUUGACUGGCAUUUCAUCUAAACACUUCCAGUCCCAGUUGUUAUCGUGCUAAGGGCGCUCGCUGUAUUCACUCCUUUUAUGCCUAAAAUGUCUGCCUUGCUAGAGAUGUCAGUGUAAAAUACGUAAUUUCAGGCUCUGCUGCAUCCUAAUGACACCACCAAGAGAAGGAGACAAACCGUCCUCCUUUGAAUUCAUUCAGUGGUCCUAUGAGCUUGAUGAAGUGAUGAUGAUGGUGGUGAUGAGGUUUGACGCCUGUGGAGCCGUUUCUUCAUUCCUCUGAUAAAUAUUGUCUCUUAGCUCUCACCAUAAAAAAAAUACUGGUACAGAUCUAGCGUAAUAAUAUUCAAGUCUAAUUGUAUGCAAAGUGUCUUAGUUAUGAUAUGAGGGCUUGGAUGGAGGACUUGUGAUACAAUGAGGAGGAAAUCUCCCUAAUUGCAUGCGCAUACCCCUUCAUCAUGUUUUUCUGCGCGAGACGGAUGGAUGAGUGGAACCGCAUUCUGCACAAAGUCACAGUGCAUUAGGUCCACGUUGUUUUAAGGUAUACUUGUGACAGCGCUCGGCUUCGUCUGGUGUUUAAUGGAGGCUCCGGAUGACUUCAGUGUGACAGCAACCUGCAGAGAAAUUGGCCAUAAAAGUAAUCUUGUGUUCUUUGAGCAGAUAAAAACAGGAGUUUUAAAACAGAAAAAGUGAAUUUUACCAGGCAAGUGUAUGUCUGCUUCAUCCAUCUUAAUCAAUGUAAAUAUUUAGAGGAAUUGGUUAUUUUUUGAUGUGGUCUGAUAAAGUAGCUCUAAUAAGCAGCAAUCCCAGCAAAAUGAAAAGAAACGCUUAUAUUUGCAGAAAAUCACCUUCUGGGUGCAUAAUUUGUGCCAACAGGCUAAAUGACCUUUUCCAAUAUACUGCAGCUCUAAUUAGACAAUAGAUGGCCAGAAUUGAAAUGAGGGCAGCGCACAAAUGAGUUUAGUCAGUGUGUUAUGCACGCUAUAUUGGUUGACCGCGAUGUUUUGAUAAUUGUAUUCAUUUCCAUGCCCUAUUAAUGAGGGGCUGUCAAAAAGUAAUGAGCCCAGUUGUACUCUUGUAAAAUUUAAAACCAUUUUAAGGAUAUUACAAGCAAGGGCACGAGAAGAUCCCUCACAUCUAAAUUCGUUCAAAAAGACUCUUCGUUAUUGGUGUAAAGAGACAAAUCCACUUAGUCAUUAUGCAUAAAUGUAUAGCAGCCAUAUAAUGUGCGUAAUGUGAGAGACGAGACCCCUGCCGGGCUCAGUGCGGCUGCUUCAAAGAUAACAAAAUCAAACCAUCGAAGUCUUUUCUCACUCGGCCUAAUCUUCAGCACAGCCGCUGUCUGCUCAUGAGCGAUAACCCGACUGAGUUGGAACUUGACAAUUGUGGCCGGGUGCCUUCAAAUAAUCGACUGUACUGGCCACAUAGCGAGCCAGGCUCUCUUGUAAAGACGCGUAUGAAGUGCAUUCACUGUUUCCGUGCAGGAAUCGUCAAGUGUUGCUCUGUGAGCUUGCUCGACAACGUCAUGUGAAUUCAUUGAUCGUUACCAAAAGGUCAAAUCAACAAAAGCACACAACAAUCAAUAUUUUUAUCGGAUCUUUGCAUUGGACUUGAUCCCACAAGUCUAUGCAGACAGCAUUAGAGAUUACUUAAUGAAAUAUCUCAUCCUUCAGCAUUAUGUGGCAACACUCAAAUGAUCUGAAAUGAGCUUUGUGUGCGCAAACCCCUUUUGAUGCAUUACUGAAAGACAAUGCUCUCUGCAUGAUCGUCAUCUAAAGCUUGAUAUUAUGAACAUAUUAUGAUUCCCCUAAGCUGAUCGUGGACCUGCCACAUUCAUCUUCAUCUGCGAUGAAGCGGGGAAUGACACACCCGAGGCAUUCUCAUCUUCCCAAAGUGGCUGUGACAGAAAUGAAGAAAAAAGGAGUUUUUCCUACAGUGUGUAUUUUUCCCAACGAUCUAUGGAGGAGGGUAAAGGCCAGACAUUUUCUUAUAUUUAGCAAUUCUAAAAGUAUUUUCUUUUCGUGCCUUUUGAUGCCGUUUAGGACAGGACGAGUACAACCUGAGCGUCCAGACCCCGGUCCCGUUGGAUACUUAUCCGAUUUAUAUACAAAUACAAGAGAGACCUGGGUCAGAUUUUGGUGAAAACAAAUAAAUAAAUAAAAGAACAAAAGUCACAUUCGAGAAAAAAAAUAGGAAUUGACCAGCAGUCUGACCAUCGCCUUCGUGAUUUCCUCACCAAACAAUUGUAGGUGCAACACAUUGUUUUUAAAUGAUCCCCCCCACCCCCAAAAAAAAAAAUCUAAAACAAAACUUUCAAUUCACUUUAGCAGUUUGAUACAGACCGUGCGUUCUUUUAAUUGUGUGACAAAAUGUUGUGACAUCAUUAAGGGGAAAUAAGUGCAUUUCAGCAUUUGAGUCACUUUUCAAAAGGUAGAGAACGUUUCCUAAUUUUUAAAAUUGCUAGAUUUGUUGCUAGGUGCUUUUUCAGGCGAAAAAAGUUGCUAUGUUAGUCUGUUGUCAUUCAUCAGUGCCUGUUGCCACACGAAACGCCAGUACAUUCUUAUGACGUGACAAGCUGGGCAGAGGCCUUAGUUGAGAGUUUGAUUUUCUCUUUUACAUUUGUUGUAUAUUACUACCAUUGUACAAGGCCUGAAACUUCUAAAAAGUGACUACCUCUGUUGGACUGGGUAAGGCAUGCGGUUAAAGUAAUUUAUUUUUUUACCCACAGACCAGACUUGUACUAAUGUAAUGUGUUGUCGUUCAAAUGUAGUCAAGGCUUUAAGCGCUCAUGUUAUAUGAAGUCUUUGCAGCAGUCUUCUGAUAAACUUCUGUUUCAUAUAUUGGGAUGCCAUUAUAAUGCUUGCAAAAUGCCUGUAUUCAUUUCUAAUCAAUUCUCUCAUCCAGUAUGAAUUUCUAAUCAAUUUAAGCAAUGGGUUUUGUGGUGUGAGGAUUGGUACAUUUUACUGUUCAGACUUCUCUGUGUAUUUCAUAAAGGAGAUAACCUCCUCAAUCACUUCUUGGCUUCAGCACUUGUUCCCUUGUUAGAUGCUGAUGAGAUUUGUAAUGCAAAAUGCUAAUUAUUUGGGCCCUGCAGCACUCGCUUCUGCUGGUGGAGGUUUCCCAUGAAACGACUUGCUACCCCACGCGCUUGGAUUGAACUUUCACGCACAACUCAUCUAAAAAAUAAAAAUCCCAUGUACAUUAAAGAUGGAUGAUGCAG